AUGGUCCCCCUAACAUAUCCAUCAACCACCACCCACAGCCCCACCCUACCACAUCCAUCAACCACCACCAAUGGCCCCACCUACGACACCCAUCAACCAUCACCAACAGCCCCCCCCCUACCACACCCAUCAACCAUCACCCACAGCCCCCCUACGACACCCAUCAACCAUCACCAACAGCCCCCCCCCUACCACACCCAUCAACCAUCACCCACAGCCCCCCUACGACACCCAUCAACCAUCACCAACAGCCCCCCCCCUACCACACCCAUCAACCAUCACCCACAGCCCCCCUACGACACCCAUCAACCAUCACCAACAGCCCCCACCCUACCACAUCCAUCAACCAUCACCCACAGCCCCCCCUACCACACCCAUCAACCAUCACCCACAGCCCCCCUACGACACCCAUCAACCACCACCCAAAGCCCCCCCUACCACACCCAUCAACCAUCACCCACAGCCCCCUACCACACCCAUCAACCACCACCCACAGCCCCACCCUACCACACCGAUCAACCACCACCCACAGCCCCACCCAUCAACCAUAACCAACAGCCCCCCUACCACACCCAUCAACCACCACCCACAGCCCCUCCCUACCACACCCAUCAACCACCACCCACAGCCCCACCCUACCACAUCCAUCAACCACCACCCAACCCCCCCCCCCCUACCACACCGAUUAACCACCACCCACAGCCCCACCCUACCACAUCCAUCAACCAUCACCCACAGCCCCACCCUACCACAUCCAUCAACCAUCACCCACAGCCCCACCCUAUCACAUCCAUCAACCAUCACCCACAGCCCCAACCGUACCACACCCAUCAACCACCACUCACAGCCUCAACCCUACCACAUCCAUCAACCACCACUCACAGCCCCAACCCUACCACAUCCAUCAACCACCACUCACAGCCCCAACCCUACCACAUCCAUCAACCACCACUCACAGCCCACCCUACCACACCCAUCAACCAUCACCCACAGCCCCCCUACCACACCCAUCAACCACCACUCACAGCCCCAACCCUACCACAUCCAUCAACCAUCACCUACAGCCCCACCCUACCACACCCAUCAACCACCACCCACAGCCCCACCCUACCACAUCCAUCAACCACCACCCACAGCCCACCCUAA